AAAAUUCAAGAUGUCUCGAGGCGACGCUGAGGCGGAACUGAUGAAGGAAACUGCAACUGGGGAACGCUCGCUGUUGGUCUCCCGCCCAGCGCAUGGAUGACUUCUGCUCUGCAGAUCUUUCAGCCAGAGAUGCGCUUCCGGUGUCUGUGGCCCGUCCCCGUGGACUGAGGUGUACGAACACCCCAGAGGAUAUCCUGCGUCACGGAAACGGCGAGCUUCAGCGGCGCUCUGAGAGCAGGAGGCGCCAGGCCUAUGCUUUUUUUAAUCCUCGGAAGCAGCGCCAGUCGCCCAACGCAUACGAGGACGCAUACAGAAACGCUUCAGCUUGUAAACGUCUUUCACAAGAUGGCUGUUUAGCAAACGAGACAAGAAGUUCGUUCAGAAGGCUUCCUUCGAGUGUCUGUACACCUCGCGUCUGUCGUGGCGCCCUGCAUUAAGUUUCUGCCUCACUCUGACGGUUUAAGGUUUUGGUGUCUUGGAAGUUUUCUUCUUCUCGAUCCCCUCCUUACUCACCAUCCUUUUCUUCGUUCUUCUCUUUCCUCUCUCUCUUCUCUUUCUUUUCCCUCGUCCGCUUCUUUGCUUUUCUCGUUUCCUCCUCAUUCUCUUCACUCUUCUCAUACGCCUUCCUUUCUCGUUCUUUCCUUUUUGCCCUCUUUCGUUCCUGCUGCUUCUCCUCCGUUCUCCCUGCUCACUUGCAGGCCAUGGCGUCUCCAGUUCCGAAGCCCCCAGAAGGCGCUUUGCCUGGGUCGCCGCUUCCUUCUUCAAAUUCGUCGUCUUCUGCUUCUCUCCAGUCUUCGGCUGUCUCUGCUGCUUUCAACGCCCUCUCUGCCCCCACUUUCUCUGCAGGCGCUUGGCUCGAUGCAUGCAUUGAGAGGAGUCUCGAGCAGCAAGCGUUUGAGGCUCCGCCUGUCGCUUCGUCUUCUCUCGCCUCUUCCCCGGAGACGGAAACGGCGCGUUUAGCCGACAGGCUGGAGUCCACUCUCGAGAGCGUUCUUGCAGAGGUUCAACGGAGAAUUGCCACGACGUUCGAGGCGCUCGACACGAAGAGCCAAGAUUUGAGUUCCGCGGCGCCGACGUAUGUGAAGCAGGUCGAGGAACUGUCGGGGAAGCUCGUGGACGCCAGGCGAACCGUGGACGACGCGCUGAAGGCCUUGUCUUGUGUCGACUUUGAACACCAGGAAAGUCUCCGACGCCUCGCGGCCCUCGAUGCCCUCAGGCGGCACUUCCACCGCUGUCGGCGCGUCCUGCUCGUUCUCCACCAGUGGGAUUUUAGAGUCGGAGAAAUCGAACUUCUUCUGCACAGCUUCCAACACCAAGAGACCCCCCUCAUCGCCAAUCCUGCGAGCUCCGUGGACGGCACACCAUUCCAUCCGCAUCAGCCCUCUCAGGGGCAGGGGCUGUCCGAUGACGCCGACGCCUCGACCUUCUCCUCCUCCUCGUUCUCUUCUUCUGCCUCUUCUGCUUCUUCUGCCUCUUCUGCCUCUUCUUCCUCUUCUUCCUCUGCGUUUGAACAUGCAGCAAGCACGGCGCGCCUCCGCAGUUUGGCGCAAGCAGCGAUGCAUGCAGCGGCUCUGAAAAAUGCAGUCCAGGAGCUGAAGGCGUUUGGCGAGUUCUCUGCGAGAGUUCGCGCUGCGGAGCUGCUCGAAAAGAGAGUCGUCGUCGUGACUCGCAGCUUGAUGCGCUCCGCGUUCCUCUCGGGAGAUGCAGAGAGCCUGCGAGUCGCGAUGAACAUCUCCGUCACGUUGAAUCACUCCGCGCAACUUCAGCAGGAACUUUCCAAGUGCUUCGGCGACCAGCUGCGGCAGGCCUGGCUAGCCACUUGGGCUCGUACGCCUGCGGGAAGGCGCCGGCGCGAGGCCGAGGUUGCCGCGGGCGCUUGUUGGGCUCUCGCGCCCAACGAGCGACUCCACGGCGAGAGGGAACUUUACGCAGAGGAGCAAGGCGACGGCUUUCCAAGAGAAGAGGCGGACGCUUGCGGAGACGACGCCUCUGUCGAGAAAGAGCAGAGAACGAUCGGAGAGCCAGAAGCUCUUUUGCUCUACUUCGAAGAGUUCACCAGACUGCUUGAGGAGCGGUCUUCGUUGCUUCGGCUCUUUGCCGACGAACUCAGCCAGGCGGAGAUACGAGCCUUGCGCGCUUCGUCUGAUGACGCUUCUUCGACGUCUUCUUGUUCCUCGGCUGCUCACUCUGCUUCGUCUUCUUCUCGGUCGGCGGAUCCCCAGGGACCGUUCGGGUGCGGACGUCGCGGCGAAGAAGAAACCUCCGGGGUGGCGGGUGCGGCCUCUCAGGCGCCUCACCGGCCGCUGCGGCUUCACCGAACAGCUUCGCGUCUGCAUACACGCGUCUGGGAAGAGACGCUUCUUCUCUGCUUGAAGGUUGGAGGCGAAGCUCCGAAUGCAGAGGUGGAGGCCUUCCUUGCUGCUGGCGGCGCGGACUUGGAGGAAGACGACGAAGAGCGGAUGGCGCGCAUCGAGAAGCUUCUGCAGACGUACGAUAUGGGCUUCACGCUGUUGUCUGCGACUCCCGUGGUGGCUGAGAGCGAACCUCACAUCCCUCAACUGUGGCGCAAAAUCUCGUCCACUUGUCUUUUCUUCCCUGCCCUGCUUCUCCGGCAGUUCAACGCGGCGCUCUGGAAGAGCUCGAGACGCUUCUUCCUGCAAGACGCGCCGUCGGUCAGGCCGUUCGACAAGCGACAGGCUCCUUCGCAGGUUGUCAUGGAACUUGAAGGUCGCCUAGAUCGCACACUGCAGCGUCUCUCCAGUCCCGCCCUUGCCGCGCUGUCCCCGGGAGCGUUCCACCUCUGUCUGGCGCCGUGUCUUCUCUCGGCCGUCGACGACGCGGUGGCAGAGUUUCUCUCGUCGCUCUCUCCUGUUCUUCAGACCUUCGCUCACACCAUCCAGUACAAGACCCAGAGCAUUCAAGACACGCAGAACCGCGAGCGAGAAAGGGAUCUGCCCGCGAGAGGAAACGCGGGCGACUUCCUUCCUCUCGACGUUCUGCCCACUUCGCUCCCCUUCGACCUCUCCCUCCUCAACGCGUGCAUGCAACAAUAUCUUCUCUUCGCCAGCGCUCAGCAGAAGCUCGCGCAAGGAGCUGCGGUGGUCUUUGACGAGGCGUUGACAGGCCACCGCCGCCACAGUCGCUUCAACGUCUACCUUCGCGAGCUCACCAACUUACACCCUGACCUCCUCGUGUAUCCUUCGCCGAGCGCCGUCGCCCACAGUGCUUCGCUUCUCCCUUCUUCCUGCUCUUCUUCCUUUUCUGCGCCGCCUCUGCCUUCGGUGCUUCCUGCGAGUUUCGCAGCGUACACGAAGUUGCGACAUGCGUCGAGAGCUCUUGUUCUCCUCGCAUGUUCAGCACCCUGUUCGCUCUUUCUUCAUCGUUUCUAUCCUCUCUGUUGGGGGGCCAUUUCGGUCUCUUCGUCGGCGCAGCGCGCGGAGAGCCUUUUGAGGGAGCAGCGCGAGAGCAUAAACGGGCAAGAAUCGAAGGCCAUUCUGCCGUCGAGUGUCUCUACAGCUGCGGGAGAAUUUUUCCUCCAGCUGCUGCCUCACCUCGAGGUCGCUGCGGCGGGGGCGAAAGGCUCCGAGAAACGCGAAACCGAGGUGGAGAGCUCAGACGAGUCGCUGAUUGCGGGUCUUCUCUCUGUCGUUUUCACAUCCUUCUGUCGCGCGCUGCUGGUGGCGGACCUCCCUACGCGCCUCACAAAAGAAGAACCUGUUCAGAGAGGAGAGCUUCGAGAGAACAUGCUCCUGCAACUCCAGGCAGACGCGAGGUACCUUGCGAGUCUCUCGCGCUCUCUCGGCUACGACCCCGAAGAGGAAAGUUCUUUCCUUUUUUUCGAAACGGAGUCAGGGGAAGGCAGCGAGAAAGCUCGCGACGCGCAAGCAGACAAGCAGGAUCAGCAAACGAAGGACGAGGAGCGCGAAAGCUCAGACUUGGGCGAAACGAAGAAAGAGGAGAAGGAUGAAGCAGUGAGACAAGAAAGGAAGAGAGGGCCGACCUGGAUGAUAGGCUUGCUUCUCCGGGGCCUGGACGCCCUGCUGGGGACGGCAGAGGGAGAAACAAGUGCAGAGCCUUCUGCAGCGAAGAGAGAAGAAAUUAAAAACAACGCAGAUGAGAACUCUUCUUCUUUAGGUUGCCUUGGCGCAUUUGAGGCCCACUUGCGAAGGAAAUUUGCGAGAGAGAAAAACGAAACGAAAGGCGAGUCUCCGAGCGACAGCGAACGCGUCCGGGCAGCGCGGGCGGUAGCGGCGGCUGCUCUCGAGUCGCCGUCUUCAGACCUGUGCAAGAGCGAGAAGGAAAAGGAAGACGAAGAAGUCACUCUCGUCUGGGCUGUCCUCUGCCAACUCGGAGUGUUCCCGUCUCCUCUCUAGGCUUCUAAAAAAGCGAUCGCAAAAAACGAACUCGACGAACCUCCACGGUGCUCCUCUCCAGAUGCAGCCGCCUAUACAAACAUAAAAAUAUUUCUAUUUUGUUUUUGCAUGUACAUUUCGUCCAAAGAGACCGAGGGAGGUAGAGGUGAUCAGCCGGCUGCUUGCAUUUUUCACCCCUGCAUGCAUUUUUCACGUAUGUCCAUGCAUUUUUGUGCAUGCAACGUUUUGUGCUUCUCGCACCUGCCUCUACACAUGCGUAGGGUCGGCCGCUGAGGCGGCGAAAAGUCUGCAGGGCGCCUCAUUUACUCUGGGGCUCAGAGGCCGUUUUCACAUGUUCGUUUCUCGCGACUCCAAACGUUUGGAAAUGUCAAGAAAGAUCAACAGCAG